AUGUGCACAGACAUUGUCGUGGAGACUUUCGCGUAUUGCCGUAUUCGAACAGUGUCGGGGGAGGAGGGGAAAGUGGCAGUCCAUGUUUCUCGUGUGGUUCUUGUUUCUCCUCUGGUGAUUUGUGUUUCCCCUCUGCAUGAAGGGUUCUUCAUGACGUUUUUGCAAAUUUCUUUUUCCGCUAGGACAUGGGUGUCAUUCCGGAAAUUACCCGCCAUGCAUGGAUUACCUAUGGCAAAACUACUAUUCUGUGCAUAUUCCUGCAUCAGUCAAUGGCAUUUUUGCCAUAUGCGCGGCGUUUUGCAUUCAUCUAGACUGGCAUUUGAACAUGACAAUGGGGUAUUUGCGCUUCAUUGCCCACUUUCUGCUAUCAUGUGUGAUGGGAGGGGUUGCAUAUCGCUUGUUCAUGCCGAGAUAACAAAUCGGCAUUCACCCCUUUUGCAAGAGAUGACUAUCGGGUUUAUAAUAUUUAGCUUCCUCCGUUGA